GAGAGAGUGAGAGUGAGUGAGCGAGGGGGGGGAGGUAAACAAGAUGGCGACAGCCUUGAAGCAGCUGCAUCAAUAAAACCCGGAGCAGAGAAAUUCACAUUUGACUGCAGUGACAACACUAAAAGGGUGAAUCUGGAGUCGUAUUUGUUCUAGGCUUACUAGUAUCACCAUGACGAGGUCUCUUGAAUGUUCUAGGAUGAGCGCUGGUCGGGAUUUGCUAUGGUGAAUGAGAAAUAAGUGGUCAUCCUGAAGGCGCAGCAAAAAUAUACCAAAGAAGUACUCGCUCUCCUUGUGCUGGACCUAUAUGUACAGUAUUGCUGUCAUCAUACUGUGAAGAUGUGUCUUGGCUCGGUGUACCCGACACUCUAGAGAACAUCACGUUGUGCAGAAAGGAAAGGCUGCAGACCCAAGUCCGGGUUCUUAAUUCGAAAACUGUUUUGCUUUGCACUGGAUAUGUUGUCAGAGAUGAAUAAAGGUCCAGUCAUACCAAAUGUAGGCUAAUACGAGCCUGCUUGCAAUUGGACAGCGUCUUUUGAACACAAAAGGCCGGUGCUGAGUACAGCAGUGCUGUCGUUUGGGUUUUCUUUUCUUUUUCUCUUUUUCCACUGUCUUUUAUUUUUUGCACUGGACCUCCCUGGCUCCUCUCCCAGUGGAAACUCUGCUGCACCCUCCCUCUUCCCCCCCGGCACUACUGCCACUCAUGUUUACAGUCCCUCUGUAUCUGAGCCUGUUUGAAAGCAGUGCCGUCGCCGCCCUUGGUCAGGCAUGAAUCAUCUCUGAUGCCGAUCUAGUGGGUUCCUCUUCUCCUCCCAAUCAGAACUGAACUCCUGGAGACGAACCGCACCCCACGUUAGCAACCGGCGACCACCAGCGGUCGAGUUGCACCAGAGUGAAUUGCGGGAGAGCAAGUGAGCGAGAGAGAGAGAGAGAAAGGGAGCAGGGGGUCAGGAGAGAAGAUGAGCGUCGGUGAGCUUCAGCAUCUGGACUACCUGACCGAGAAUGAGCUUAUGGGCAUGGACACUUUCAUCCACCGCAUCGACUCCACCGAGGUGAUUUACCAGCCACGGCGCAAGCGCGCCAAGCUAAUUGGGAAGUACCUGAUGGGAGACCUGCUGGGUGAGGGCUCCUAUGGCAAGGUGAAGGAGAUGCUGGACUCAGAGACUCUGUGCAGGAGAGCGGUGAAGAUCCUCAAGAAGAAGAAGCUGAGGAGGAUCCCUAACGGAGAGGCCAAUGUGAAAAAGGAGAUUCAGCUGCUACGAAGACUACAGCAUAAAAAUGUGAUCCAGUUGGUGGAUGUGUUGUACAAUGAAGAGAAGCAGAAAAUGUAUAUGGUAAUGGAGUACUGCGUUUGUGGCAUGCAGGAAAUGUUGGACAGUGUUCCAGAGAAAAGGUUUCCAGUAUUUCAAGCUCACGGGUACUUUUGCCAGCUCUUGGAUGGCCUUGAAUAUUUGCACAGCCAGGGAAUCGUUCACAAAGACAUUAAACCAGGGAAUUUGCUGCUGACCACAGAUGGGGCUUUAAAAAUCUCAGAUUUGGGCGUAGCAGAGGCUCUUCACCCGUUUGCGGAGGACGACACAUGCCGCACGAGUCAGGGCUCGCCGGCGUUCCAGCCACCGGAAAUCGCCAACGGCCUGGACACCUUUUCAGGGUUUAAAGUGGACAUCUGGUCCGCCGGGGUCACACUAUACAACAUAACGACGAGCCUGUACCCGUUUGAGGGGGAUAACAUCUAUAAGCUAUUUGAAAACAUUGGCAAGGGAGAUUACACUAUUCCAGAGGAGUGUGGCCCGCUGCUCACAGACCUGUUGAGAGGAAUGCUUGAAUAUGAUCCUGUGAAGAGAUUCUCAAUACAGCAAAUUAGGCAACACAAUUGGGUAAGGAAGAAACACCCGCCCACGGAGCCACCUGUGCCCAUCCCGCCCAGCGCAGAGACCCGCGACGUCUGGAGGAGCAUGACCGUGGUGCCCUACCUGGAGGAUCUCCAUGGUUACGGUGAGGAAGAGGAGGAGGACGAGCUGUUUGAUGGGGAGGAUGACAUUAUCUAUACUCAGGACUUCACAGUGCCAGGGCAGGUUGGACAGGAGGAGGAGGAAGAGUGCGCUCCGGAGCGUAGCCGUGCUGUGGCAAAGCCGGUUUGUGUGAACGGGACAGAGACAGGAGCGCUGAAGCCCAAAUCGGAGCGGCGCUCUAGCUCAUCCUCCAACCCCUCCCGGAAGGGAGUGUCCACCGCCAGCAAGAUCCGCAAACUCUCCACCUGCAAACAGCAAUGACCCUGCCCCUUCUUCUCCACCUCCACACCUGCCUCUUGCUCUGUACAGGUUUGUUAUUUUUCCCGUCCUCUGUUUUGGAUUCCCAGCCAUGAAUGCGAACCACAGUUCCUGACGCACACUUUGCCAUGGACUAUGAACCCUAACGGAAACGAUGCCAGGAAGCGUGGAUUUUGGGUUUGGUUUU